AUUCAAGUUUCUAUCCACGAACCGAGCUUCAUUCGAGUCAUUGGCUAUUCCAGCAGACAUGCUACAAUUGUUACAAGCAAACCAGACACACCUACAAAAACUUACAUCGGCUCUGCCCCACGCUCCCGAACUAGCACUGAAAUCAUAAACGCAAUCCGUACAAUAUCGACUCAAAAAUCAAAUCAUUCACAGAAAGCACACAAGCCCAUCUCAUCCAAGCGGGCUUUCUCUGAACCUUCCAAGUCGCUUAAGGCACCAAAGUCAUCUAGAGCUCUUAGGUUACCUAAAUCCCUUGUGCCCACUAGCCACAAGACCACUACGGUCGGUUUCCCAACCAGAAUCGCUACGUUUCAGUCGUUUGACUUCACCCGUUCGUUCAGUCUCGUGGCCCACAACAACACCUUCCUCCACCAACAGCUUUCGGGAAGUAUUCUCAUCCAUACUUCCCCACUCGCAUUGCUAUUUAUCUUAAUGAUUUUAUGAUCUCCCAAACACAAGCAGUGAAGGUCUCUGGAAUAACACCGAACAUCACAUAUGCUAUAUAUACCUCAAUAAAGGAUUUGACUGGGUUCAGCCUUUGUAUAUGUUCAAACUCUGUAUAUACUGAACACCGCUCAAGACUUAGGC